AAGGAAGAUGGCGCUCGGAGCUCAGAUCAGCAACACAACAUUCCCUGAUGGAGCAUCCCCAGAGCUCAAAAGACUGGACUUGCACACUUUCCAGUGUCCAUUUUGUCACAGGGCAGGGGAGUAUCCUGGCCUUAUGGCUCAUUUGCAGGGCCACCAGAGGUCCAUUGUAAAAUAUGGAGGAUAUAAUGUCUAUAAGUGCCACCUUGGCUGUGUGGCCAGCAGCCAUUAUCACUGUGGCUUUUGCCCCCGAAUCAUUGUGAGAAAGGAGCUGUUCUUUAAUCACUUUAAAAACUGCUGCACUCAACGCCCGACGACGGCUCAGGCAACUACAGCAACGGUGGCUACGCCUCUGACAGUUCCGGCAACGACGGCGACUCUGGCGACUGCGCCGACGACGGCUCCGGCAACUACAGCGACGGUGGCUACGCCUCUGACAGUUCCGGCAACAACAGUGACUCUGGCGACUGCUCCAACGAUGGCUCCGGCAACUAAAGUGAUGGCGGAUUCGGUGACUGCUCCAACGGCUCUGACAACUUCAGCGACAUCUGCUCUGGUGGUAACGACAGCUCUGGCAACUACAACGACAGCUCCAGCAAAAGGCCGUCACAUUUCCACAGCCCCCAAAAUAUUGAAGUCGAAACUAAAAAAAACAACAUGUUGUUUUUGUAACUUACAACUCCAAAAGAAGAACCUCAAAAUGCACAUGCAAAGGCAUCACUCAUCAAAAACAUCAGACAUUACAGCAAAUCACCAUCUACAAUCAGUGUGUAUUGAUAAAAAAAGGGGAAUUUUUGCUGUUUCCAGAACCUUUAAGGGUCCCGUGCACUGCAUUCAUGUCCAAAAAUGUACCUGGGGUAUUAACCACCAAGUGUCCUGUCAAUUGGAAACAUGCAACAGGGCAUAUGACUAUGCACGGAGAUGUGGGCUAGUGGGGUUUGACUGUGACCAUGUUCGGUCCUUGGUGUAUAGUCCUGUGGCCACCAAUUCAGCUAUUGUUCUUGAUGAAGGAAUCCUCAUAGAGAUGGUAGUGAACAAGUGGUUUAGCAAGGACACCGAGAGUGAGUGUCUGAGAAGGAAGCUGGCUGCUGAUACAGAUGGUGCACCACUGAGUGUUGAGGUGAACCUUGGCCAAGGUCAGGGACACAUUUAUUUUUCUGUGUUGGAACCACUCAUCUCCCCCUAUUCUAGAUUGGGGAGGGUCAUGGUCCACUAUGAGGAUACCAGAAACACAUGGCAUUGCCCUUGCUCAAAACCCCGAAAAUCCUGCCCACAUAAAUCCAUAGCCAAGUGGCACCUGCACCAGUCGAGGCCUGACUUGUUCACAAAAAUUGAAACUUGUUGUGAAGACUCUCCCGAGACAUUUGUGGCUGAAGGAGCACCUGUGGUAGAUGACACACAAGCUGAAAAUAUUCCUCUGUAUCCCCCAGAAGGAAAGGUGCUAGUGGAAAUGGUAGAGUACCUUAUAUCACAUAAGGCCCUCCCAACAAGCCUUCCGAAAAACUUGGCAUCAUUACAGUCAUCAGAGGACAUGCCGAGGCACUUGGUUCCACAAGAGAACUAUUGCCACAAGUGUCCCGGCAAAGUUCUCCUUUCUGAACCGAUUGCCAUAUCCAAAAAAGCAAAGAUCGUCACAGUCGCUGGAAUUGUAGAGGGUGUAACAACAUAUUGUAAAAAAUGUGCUGCAUGUGGCAUAUUUUACCGCUAUCAGGAGUGGGCAGAGGGGCUGCAUAAUUUUAAUGAUCAUGUCAUUUUAACACAUCAUUUCUGCCUAUUUCUCAGGAACUCGAUACAGAACCAUACAGCAGUGGGAAGAGUUGUGGAAGCUUUACAAGCCACAAACAAUCAAAAAUACCCAGACCACGAUUCCAUACUCUACGGGUACCGUCAUUUUGAAGCCCUUUCAUCACACAAGUACGAUUUGUCUUGUGUACACCGUGGAGAUCAUCCUGCUGUUGGGAUCAUGGAUUUGCACAAGAAGGGAGUUUUCAGCAUGGCAAUGAGUGACUUCCAAGAGCCACCGCUUCAGUUUGAUGGCCAGGUUGACACUGAAGACCUCUUGCGUCCUGUUAGCCGAGAGGUCCUUUGUCGAGGCUUUCUUAAGAGUAAUGCUGCAAAUCCAUGUGUGGUAUCCCCAUCAUACCAUAAACGGGCACCUUGGAUAGGUCCUCAUUCCAGGGCCAACAGCACUGUGUUCAGCACCGACUACAUGAAGGGUCAAGGCAGAAAACGGUCAAACUCAACAGAGCAGGCAGAGAUGGAUACCACAGACGAGAGACUGACAAAUGAAAUAAUGAACUUGAAGGUGGAUGCAGUGCGAAACUUGGUGAAGCACUGUGGCCUUGACACAACUGGAUCAAAAAUGGAUCUUGUCAUCCGCUUGAGGGAGCAGAUGAAAAGCCGUAGUACUUAUGACAAGGUGUUCCAGAAGGUCUGGGGUGCAUCUGCAGAUGAGUACAGCAGUGGCACACAGUCAGAGCUGAUGGGAGGAAGCAUCGAGAAACUGCUGAAGACAUCUGCUGUGCCCACUCGUUUUGGAAGCGAUAUUGGCCAUGGCGAGGGAGAGCCCCAGGAGAAGCGAGGUCGAAUAGAGACUGAAGAACAAACUGCCUCUAUUUCUACUGCCACUGCCGAUGUGCCCAGCUGUGGGACAGAAACACAGCCUGUUGCUGCUUCAGCCCACAGUCGAGGUGGGCUCGUUCCACAGCAUCGAAAAACUACUUCUACUGCCAGCGUGCCUAGCUGUUGGACAGAAACUGCAUCGACUGCUGUUUCACCCCCGAGGCAAAGUGGGCUCUUUCCAGAAGUUGCCAUUGUCAGUCCAUCAUUAUGGAAGGCAGUGGCAGGGAUGAGGACCUCAACACCAGUCAAACAAACAGAACAGGGUGCUCGACGACAUUUGACUCUGGGCUCUGGGACAGCAAAACAACCAUCAGUUGACCUUGACACCAGUUUCAACAGCAUGAAAUGCUUGGAUUCUCAUGAUGAGAGCUUCCAUCCAGAAUCAGACUCCACUACCAUGUCAUCUUCUUAUGACGAGGCCGAGCAAGAGCCAAAGGCAGUAGUGUACCAGUCCUGUGUGCUGGAACUCUUCAAGAUGUGCCAGAAAUGUGGCUCGCCAGUGAAUAACACCAGCGUUACUUGUUUUGGCGCACAGAUGAUGGUGGCAUGGGACUGUCUCAAAGGACAUUCUGGAACUUGGAAAUCAUCCCCCGAUGUUUGAGGAAUGCUAGAAGUUGACUUGCUUGCUGCCUCUCCUGUUGUAUUUACAGGGUUGCCACAACCUUAACCCGCGAUCACAGAUUUAGAUGAGUUUCAAAAGUCAUGAACAGAAGACAUACCUCUGUCCUGCCAUAGACUUUCACACACUGCAGAGAGAAGAUACUGGUGAAAGUCUCUCUAGAACAAAAUCCAGAACCAGCUGAAAAUGAGGAAGAGGAAACGCGAGCCCCGAAGUUGGCUCAUCUGCCCAGGAUAGGAGACAUGACACGGCUGGGUAUUCAAAGUAUUGUCGCUACACUUUCCUGUUGGACAACAUGAGGGAGAUUAUUCAGACCAGUUUAAUUUUAGGUCACUGUAGUCUCCCGCUGCCUCCAUGGAGCCGGGUGUCAUGGAAGCAGAGGCUUUUAAGUGGUCUGGUGGAGCUCCUGGAUUUGUGGUUCGAGGUGGAGGUGAUUACUACGGACUGAUCUCCAUCCAUAAAAAGGAUGAGGGAGGAGCACCCCCAAAUCAAGUAUCAGUGUGACUUGUGGCAUGUCUCACAAGGUUUCCAAAAGUUGCUGAGAAAAGCCAAGAGGAGAGGACGGGGGACCUUGUUUGGCUGGUCAAAGUAUGUCGCGAACCACACGUGGUGCUGGUGUGCAACAUGCAGAAGAAACAAAGUUGUAUCCGGCCAAUUACCCCAACUCUUCUGAGCCACCCCGGUUGCUGCUCCACCCCCUCUGCCGGUCCGGGGAGGGCUGCAGACCACCACAUGCCUCCUCCCAUACAUGUGGAGUCACCAGCCGCUUCUUUUCACCUGACAGUGAGGAGUUUCACCAGGGGGACGUAGCGCGUGGGAGGCUCACGCUAUUCCCUCAGUCCCCCCCCCACCCCCCCGAACAGGCGCCCUGACCGACCAGAGGAGGCGCUAGUGCAGCGACCAGGACACAUACCCACAUCUGGCUUCCCACCUGCAGACACAGCCAAUUGUGUCUGUAGGGAUGUCCAACCAAGCCGGACGUAACAAGGGGAUUUGAACUAGCGAUCCCCGUGUUGGUAGGCAACGGAACAGACCGCCACGCUACCUGGACGCUCCCUCUUGUUCUAAUUAAUACAGUUUCAAGACUGAAUGAGACCAAGUGACUCGUUAAGGUACUUUUGCUGUGUGCAGUAUUAAAUGAAUACAAAGAUAUUAUUUGAAUAAAUUAAUGCUUAAACGCUAAUGAAAUAUUUGUGUUAAAAAUACACAAGUAAAAUCACUGCCGUUGUCUGUCAGUGUACACAGCAUAAACUCUGAUUCAGUUUUCUGCAUGGUCAGUAAGUCAUCAGACUCAGUCAUAGUGAUGUGACGAAUGUGUUUAUAAGCUCAACAUGUUUUCUGCGUGGUCAGUAUGUCAUCCGACUCAGUCAUAGUGAUGUGACGAGUGUGUUUAUAAGCUCAACAUGUUUGAGGCACAGAAUACAUCAGAGUUGAGCCUCUUAACAUUGUAUCAACUAUAACUAGUAAUUCAAUUUGACAUCGUUUAUGUAGUGAAUUCGGGGGCCAGCCGGGAAGCACCGCAGCCAGGACGCGAACCCAGGUUUCCCGCACCAUGGGUGACUACGUUAACCAGUCGACUCAAAGGUCCGACCCGUUAGCCAACCGGCUAGUGAGUCUACACAUCCUAGGUGAUCGUUAUAUUUACAUGGAAACUAUUAAAUUUUUCAAAUUCAUUCAAUCUCCACAUGCUUUAUAACCCAUUUAUGAGCUCAUAGUUUGACACACAACGCACACUACGCCAGUGAGCUGUUUCCAGGUCCAGGGUGCUCAUUAACAACACGUAUGAUGUACAGUAACAACUUCACACAAGCUUCCAAAUGUUUACUUAAACAUGCAAAUGAACUGUGAUGGACCAUGUAAUUCUAGAAAUUAUAUCUUGAGUGUAUGUGGUGGAUUACAAAUGGCUGCAUUCAAAUGCAAAUAUGUCACUCGAAUGUUAUACUACACUGCCCACAUUAAAUGUUAUACUACACUGACCACGUCAAA